UAACGUUGAGCGUUGUGUGACGUCUCUGGCUAAAAUCAGUUAUUACGUAGCCGCCGCGUGUGUGGCAACAGCAGACAGACAGGCAGACACAACAAGCGCAGUCUAGCGGUCUGUCAACGUGGUUUAACAGACCAACAAACAACUGCAACACUUGUCGCUUAAAAUAAACAACGAGUGCGACAGCAGCGACAACUGUAACCUGUGUUUUGUGAGUGAACGACGCGAAGCGAACGAAGCGAAGCGAAGGUUGCGUGUUUGUUUUGUGAAGAAUGUGCGACUAAGUGCAUAAAAUCCACGAACAGCCAAGAUAAGAGAAACACACAAAACGAGAAAGGAGAAACGGUAACGGGAAACCGAAAAGAAAAGCGUACGGAACAGAAGAAGAAACGUUAAAGCAAACGUCAAAUUCCAGCGGGAUUUAUUAGCGAGCGAGUGGAGCGAAGCCACGGAGGUGGGGGACGAGGUGAAGGCGGGAGGCAGCAGCCAUGACAAGCAUCAAUUGCGUGUGGUUUUGUUUGCUGCUCUGCCACAGCUGCAACAUAUUUGGAUUACUACGUCUCGACCAACAACAACAACACCAACUCGUAGAGGCUUUGCCCUUUGAGUACUUUGAGGAGCACGAUGAUGACUUUAACUACGACCUGGACGAGGCGCAAUCACAAGCCAAAUACGAUGCACGUCUGCUGUCCGAGCAAAUGCUGAGCGACGCUGAGCUCCAGCAAAGAGCAGACAUCAACUAUAACUCCAACUUGAACGCCAACUCCAACUCGAAAGUCAACGCUGACGCCAACACUAACUUGAAUGGCAACUCUGGCCUGCAGCCUGCAGAGAAUAGAGGCGAGCAGACGGCAGCUGGUUUCGUUGACUCGUCCGCAGCUGAGGAUGACUUGGAGCCGCAUAGUCGAGCUGCGGCUUGCUUUACAAAUGGCCACAAGUACACACACGGACAGAAGGUUCCGCGUUUGGAUGCCUGUGAGGUUUGCCUAUGCAUGGAUGGUGAAAUCUUUUGCUGGUGGGAGAAAUGCGAUAAGACGAAUGUAAAUAGCGCCCCAACGGGAGAUGCUGGCGGAGGAGGCGAAGGAGACUAUUCAGAUCCAUAUCGGCAUGAGACCACAACGCGAAAAUCAACAAAACUGCAUAAAGCGGAGCGGAAAGUUGGCAAGCGGCACAAGCAUCACAAGAAUCAAAAGAAUUUUAAUGACUAUGAAGUUUACCAUAGUCGACAGCAGCAGCAGCAACAGCAACAGCAACAGCAACAGCAGCAGGCGAAGGAUUAUAAAAAGCCAGACUUAAAGCAACAAAAACAAAAGAGCAGCACCAUCAACAGCAGCAGCAGCAGUAACUACAAUAUAAUCAAGCAACAUCAACACGAACAGCAGCCAAAGUUGGCAACGUCAACGUCCCAACAACAGCGGCAACAAAAACAGCAGCAGCCAAAGUCGCAGCCACAACUUCAUGUGGAAACUGCAGCAGCUGUUAAUCAGGCAGCAAAGGAAACGCAUUAUCAGCACCAAUUGCCAGCGCCUCAACAACACGAGCAACACGAACAGCAGCAGCAGCAGACACACCAGCAACAUGAGCAUGAACAGCAGCAACAUUUGCACGCCCAUCAGCCGCAUUCGUCCAGCAAGAUUUUAAAUUUCCCCGAAAACUUGCCGGCACUGCUUUACUAUGACUACAAGACCGAGGAGCAUGAGCAUCAUCAGCAUCAGCAUCAUCAGCAGCACUUGCUGCAUGAAAAGCAGCGACAGCAGCAACAACAGCAACAGCAACAACAGCAACUGAAACGGCAACAAGAGCAGCGACUGCAAAAGGCGAACCGAGACGUUGAACUCGCCACUGACUUGGGCAGUGAUAAAAACUUUGAUGAGGCGGAAACCGACAGCGAUAUUUUGCCCGAACCACCAACCAAACGACCCACAAAGCCAACAGCAACAACAACAACUGCGUUGACAACUGGCAGCAGCAACAUCGACAACAAUGGCAAUAGCAAAAGCCACAGCAACAGCAACAGCAGCAAUGACAGCAGCAAUAGCAAUAGCAGGGCGACAACAAUAGCUGUGGCAACAACAAUUGAAAUGAUGCCAACGCCGCGUAGCGAACAUGCUGUCACUGUUCUGGCCAUGGCCAAUACAAAUACAAAUACAAAUCAGCAACAGCAGCAGCAUCGUGUUGAGGAAAUUGAGGACACUGACGAUGCAUUUCAUCGGUGGCUGACAUCGACGGAACUGAAUGUUGACAGUACAAACACGCUUGACGAUAACUUGCCAGCAGUUGUUGUUGAGCAGGAAACGCCAGCAUCAACAAUAAUCGAUGAUGUUGGCGUUAACAGCAGCAGCAGCAACAGCAACGGAGGGAGCAAUAGAAUUGCUGUCAAUCCAAAAGACAAUGGCAACAGGCACGGCAACAACAUAGCUGACAAUGCGGAUGCUGUGUUCUUUCGUAGCUCCUACAAUGAUUACAGCAGUGAAUUCAAUGGCAGCGUUGUCAAUAUUGACAUUACACUAACUGCAGUCGAUGUGCAUCCACAACGGCCACAUCAGCAGCAAAAGCAGCAGCAGCAGCCGAAAGCUGCUGCCAUCGGGCAAACGGAUUUAAUUGCAAAUGACAACCAAACGUCAGACGUUCACGCUGCUGAAAGACAACCAACAAUGGAGCCAGCAACAGCAACAGCAGCAGCAGCAGCAUCAACAACAACACUGUUGCCGCAUGUGGCCAUCAGCAGCAGCAGCAGCUCUGGCAGCAGCAAUCAGCACAACGUGCCGCCCUACACGUUGACAACGAUUAUAACAACAACGCCAUUGGCAACGGGGCGUAUGUGCAAUGUGUUGGGCAAAUUGUAUAAAAUUGGAGAAAUUCUACCGCAGGACACCGGCAACUGUUUGCAAUGCAUUUGCACCGACGCCGUGACACCUGAUGAGCUGCCCAGCGUCACCUGUAGUCCGCACAAUUGUCCGCCGCUCGUUUUGCCCGAUCUGUUUGAUGCCACCGGUUACUGAGGCUACGGGUUUGUGCUGUAAGUUGCAUCCAUUGGCGCAAGAAAUAAUUCGAAAAGCGAAAUAAAAAUUACACACGAAAGAAAAACUGAAAAUGCAUAACGAAAAUUAAAUGGAAAAUAUGUAUGUAGAGUAUAUAUAUUUAAUUGAAUUUUAAUUGGACUUGAAUAAUUGUGGGCAUACAUUAAACUGUUCAACUGCAGCAAACACAACUCGCAUGGAACUAAUUAAACAAAAAUACACAAGAACACACACACACACACACACACAAACACAGAGACGAAGAACUCAAACGCUCAACUAACUCAGCAGUCGCUACAUAAAUUUAUGGAUUUCAAUGUAAAGCCCUCCCUGUAUCAUGAGUGCUAUUUCACACUCACUAAAACAAAUACUUACAAACCUAUCAACAGUAGAUACUCACACACACACACACACAUAAGCACACAUGGUCAGACAUACACAGAUGGAUUUGUGUGCGUGUGUGCAGAAGUGGAACAGAGAGCAAAUUGCUGAGAGCAAAUUCUAGUUUUUAAGCUGAAUGUUUAUGCAUUUUACAACAAAAGAAAAGGAAACACAAAAAAAAAUAAUAUUCAUUCAUCGGCAAGCCGAUGAUUUAAUGCCCUUGCAGAAAAUAGUAAAUUUAUUCUAACAUUUAUGUUAGAAUUUCAGUUAAUAAAAAUCUAAAGAAUUUACUUACUAAUUUAAAAAAAGUGAGCAGAAGAAAGGAGAAGAUGAGUCUCUAAAGAAUUUAUGUAAUGUUAAAUGUAAAAAAUAUUGAAGAAGAGUAUUAGUCUCUAAAGACUUUACUUAUUAAUUAAAUCACUUAAUUUAAAAUUAUAAUUUAGUAACUCAUUUUAAAUUAGUGAGUAAAUUAUUAAUGUGAAACUAUGAAAGGAAAGCAUGAGUCUCUCAAUAUUUUAGUUACUAAUUUAAGUUGAGUUAUUCUUAUUAGUAAGUAAAUAUUUUAAAGACUAACACUCUCCUCCAAUACUUUUUAAAUUAAGUGCUACAAUAAAUUCUUUAGAGAUUCUCUUUCUCAUUCAAUACUUUUUACUGAAUAAAUUUAUUUUCUGUCGGGGCAUUUUCAGCGCGUAAUUGAAAGUCAACCCUUUCCCAUUUCCCACUCGAGUCUACAUGCAAUAAGAGAAGAAAAUAAAUGUAUACACGAUUAGAAAUUUUAAAGAAUUUAUAGAUGUACUUAAAAGCCCACACAUAAAUAUACCUACCAUACAUACAAACAGACAUAAAACAUAAAAAUAUAUUGAAACUCAAAAAUAGGUUAUACAAUUUUGAGUUGAUCAGCUGGAAACACUUGAAACUUGAAAUCGAAAAAAUGUUAGUUAAGUAAACUAAAUCCAUAAACGUAAAAAACUGAACAAUGACAAAUAAUGUAUUAUUGUAUGUAUGUAUAAUCAUUUGCAAAACUAGUUUAAGAAAACAAUUGAUUCACUUCGUACAUGCAAAACUAUUUUAGCAAACCUUUCUAAGUUGAUCGCUUCUUCUAGGCAUUUUUAAAAGAUACGUAAUAAUUUAACAAGUAUUGUAUAUGGAUAGUUAUAUGAGUUUUUUAUUAUUAGAAGAAAGGCACCAUAUCCUCCUAGUUCUACGAAUAAAUACCAAAAUCUUAAAUGUAUAAUGCCAUUUAAAUCUAGUCAUUAACAAUCAUUUAUUCAACUAAGUUUGAAAUGAAACAUUAUUUUCACAUAUAUUAAACCACUUUUAGGCGUGAUAACGAUUUAUUCAGAAAAAAUGAAGUAAUUUAAGCAUAAAUCAUAAAAAAUAAAUCAUACUUGAAAAGUAGACACAAUUAUUGAUAUUAGAUAAAGAUGAACGAAUAGGAACUCGAAAUUUUAUAUCAAAAGUGCUGUCGCAAGAGUAAAAGCAUUAACUUUAAAACUUAUUUCAACAAAUCGAAUUCUGUCGAAAUAUAUGAAAUGAAAACAGAAAAAGAAAAUCAAAAUAAAGGCGUGUAUAUUUAUAAAUACAAACAACAUUUAUGUACUGAAACAAAACUAAAAGCGAAGAGCUGGCUUCGGCAAGUCGAAGAUUUAAUACCCUUGUGACAUAGAAAGUUAAUCAGUUGAAGAAGAGCUUCAACAUCGAUUUUCUUCAAAUUGAAAUUGGUGUUAAUUGAUGCAGAUAUUGUAAUCGCAUCAAUAUUUGGACUGCCAAUUUGCCAGGGUAUUAAGUACACAAGGUAAAUCAAGCAUUCAAAUAGAGAGAGAUGCAUAAAAUGAGAGAACAACAACAACUAAAAACAAAUUGAAAUCGUGUAAUCGUAAUCCGUAUUUAAAAAUGUAUACAAAAUAAAUAUUUACGAAUAUAUCGUAUUGUACUUGUACUUGUAUGUGUAAAGUAAAUGUAACUGCAAAUCUCUUAACUAAUCUAUUUACAUAUAUGCAUAUUUACAGGACUCAGUAAAACACACACACACACAGUCACACUGACACAAAUCUUACAUCUAUGUGUAAAAUGGAUUUUGUGUUCCGAAAACAACAAAUCAAAUUGACAUGAAUAAACCAAAACAUAUGAUAAA